AUGGAUGGUGGACAACUAUGUAUAGUGAAUCAGAUGGAAAGCCAGUCACGCCUCAAUGAGACUUGUCCCGAUAAACCUGAUUUCGUUCCUUUGGAAUGGUAUAAUGUUGCAAUUGCAUCAAUCUUUAUCGUGGUGAACGGAGCUAUUUCGAUCGUUCUUGGGUUGCAGCUCGAGAAAUCGUUGUUCGUAGCUGCCAUUCGAUGUCUUGUGCAACUAACCAUUAUGGGGUUAGUCCUCGCGGACGUAUUUGGGGCAAGAAAUCCCGUUUUUGUCCUUGGACUAGCGCUGACACUUAUUCUCCUAGGCACUAACGAAAUUGUCUAUAGUAAAUGCAGAAAGAGAUAUAAUGGAAUGUUCUUAUCGGGUUUCUUCUCGCUAGGAGUAAGUACGAUGAUUGUUGGUAUAUUAGGUACAAAAUUUGCAAUGGAGGAAGAUCCGUUCUGGGAACCGUACAAGUUUGUUCCUACCAUGGGAAUGCUUAUAGGGAACACAAUGUCUGGAAUAGCCGUUGGCCUGUCAUUCAUUCUCGACCAAUUGAGCGAACAGCGAGAAAAGAUCGAGACCUACUUGUCAUUUGGAGCCACUAGAUGGGAGGCUAUUCGUCCAGUCGCUGUUGAAGCAACAAGACUUGCAAUGUUACCAACAAUAAAUCAAAUGAGUGUGAUUGGGCUGAUUUCUAUUCCAGGAAUGAUGACUGGUCAGAUUAUAGGCGGUGCUCCGAUCAUGGAUGCCGUUAAAUACCAACAGAUUAUAGUUUUCAUGAUAAGCGCGGCAGUUGCACUUGGUGUCUUGUCGGCUAUACUUAUUACCGCGUUUACAUGUGUUGAUGCGUCUCACCGAUUGCGUACCGAGCGCAUAACUACCGAUAUGCCUUGGAUAUACGAACAAUUUCGUCGGCUUGGACGUGUCAUUAAGGGAUUUUUCGUAAGGACACGGGCUGCAGUUUGGUAUUGUUGCUGUGGUUGGAGACGGAACAUUGAUUAUAAUGAAGAGCAUGAAAGCAUGUUGAAUCAACAUUAG